AUGGCAGGCUCCAUGGCACCAUAUACCUUUGUGGUCUGUUGGGACGAUGAUGGAGCGCAGGAAGGACAGACUCACGUAACCUUUGGCGUGGUCGAAUAUUGGGUGAGGUUGGUUGUUCCGAUGGAACAGGCUCUAAGACUUUAUAAGGAACGCAGUAAAGCUCUUGGAUACAUUGAAAGUAAUUUGAAGCAUCACCAGCAGCAGCUGCUACAGCCUCUUGACGCCGUGGCUACCAAAAGGCCAGACGAUAAUAUUAAUAACUUGAUUGUUGUCCCUUCACCUUACUUCGUUUACCGCUUCUUCGACUUUGCGGAUUACGAUUCCUCCAUCAUUCAUUCAUCGAACGAUCCUGUAUUUGAGGAUCGCAGGGUCUUUCCGGUUUAUAUGACGUCACAAUUUCAUCAGUAUCUUUUGUCGCAGAAUGUCAGUGUAGCCAAAAAGGUACCGCGCUUGGCUUUUUAUAAGGCAUUUGGAUCGAGAGCUUCCGAUUUCAAAUCCGGUUUAACGACAGAUUUAAACGCUGUUGUUGAUGCUGCUAUGUGUGAAUUUACAUUUCUAGUUAAUUAA